UACAAGAAGCUACAGUCCUCCAGAAGCUACUGCAUUCACAGAGUCGUAAUGGAUACAGCUGGGAAAGUUAUUAAAUGCAAAGCUGCAGUGUUGUGGGGGCCACGUCAGCCAUUCAAGAUUGAAGAGAUUGAAGUCGCACCUCCAAAGACCCAUGAAGUCCGCAUAAAGAUAGUUGCAACUGGAAUAUGCCGAUCAGAUGACCAUGUAAAGGAAGGAUUAAUGAAAGACAGAAAGUAUCCAGUCAUUUUGGGUCAUGAAGGUGCCGGUAUAGUAGAGAGUGUUGGGGAUGGAGUAACUACUGUCAAGCCGGGAGACAAAGUAAUACCGUUGUUUGUUCCUUACUGUGGAAAAUGCAGAGGCUGUGUUGAGCCUAAAAGUAACCUUUGUUGCAGAUCUGACAUUGGCAAGCCUACUGGACUGAUGCCAGAUAACACCAGCAGAUUUACCUGUAAGGGGGAACUGCUUUAUAAUUUCAUUAAUACCAGCACAUUUACUGAAUAUACUGUAGUGGACGAAUCAUCGGUGGUCAAAAUACAUGAUGAUGCACCCCUGGAAAAAGUAUGCUUGAUCGGAUGUGGCUUUUCCACAGGAUAUGGAUCUGCGGUUAAUUUGGCUAAGGUUGAGCCUGGCUCUACAUGUGCUGUAUUUGGUUUGGGUGGCAUCGGCCUUUCUGUAAUUAUAGGAUGUAAAAUAGCAGGAGCUUCCAGAAUUAUUGCAAUAGAUGUAAACAGCAAAAAAUUUGAAAAGGCUAAAGAGCUUGGAGCCACUGAAUGUGUCAACCCAAAGGACUAUGAAAAUCCCAUUCACGAGGUGAUAACGAAUAUGACUAAUGGUGGAGUUCAUUAUUCUUUUGAAUGCAUUGGAAACACUGAUAUCAUGGUUUCUGCAUUACUCUCAAGCCACGUAAGUUGUGGCACUGCUGUUAUUGUUGGAGUGUCUCCUUCACUAUCAACAAUCUCAUUUACACCAAGGUUGCUCCUCACUGGACGAACAUUGAAAGGAGGCCUAUUUGGAGGAUUUAAGAGCAAGGAAAGUGUUCCUCAACUAGUAAUAGAUCUGAUGGCUGAGAAGUUCAAAGUGGAUGGUUUAUUAUCUCACAAAUUGCCAUUUAAUGAAAUAAAUAAAGGUUUUGAACUGUUGCAUAAAGGCGAAAGCAUUCGUACAGUGCUGAAGUUCUGAAACUCUGCAGUGUCCAGCAGAAAGGCUCGUUGUUGAUCCAAGAAGAAAGCAUUUCCCUUCCCCAUCCCAAAAGAGUAAAAUAUGUGCAGCUGGAUACUGGAACAGUACACAAGACACAUAUGUAUUCGAUUUUUGUUUUAAAUCUGGAUUUUUAAUUGGUGCACACGUCAUAAUAAUUAAUAAUAAAUGUCUGACAAAUGUAGCAAAUACUGCAAACUGCCCGCAAGCAACAUUUUCAAGGCACAGCCUAUAGCAAGAGUUUACUUUUGUGAAGCAACCCAUCUACUUUUGUUGUAACAUUCUCAAAAAAUAGUAUGUAUAUAUAAUUUCCCCUUGUCGCUGGCUGUAGAGACCACAUCAUGCUUCACACAUGUUUGCCCAUAGAUACAUCCAUAGAAAUCUAUUCACUGUUGCAUUUCUUUUACAUUAUAACAUACACUGUGCUAUAAGCACCUUAUUUGCAGUAUAUAGUGGGUAAUUUACUAUCAGAUAUACACCAGUUUUAUCAAGUAGAUCUGUCACUGAUUGCAGCACAAAGAAUAUUUGCUCUGCAAUCUGUGACUUUUCCCCGCUCAAUUCAGGUGUAAAAGGGGGAGUGGGCAACUGUUUUAGGCCUCUUUCACACUGGCGUGCG